UCAGCCUCGUUCUCAUCAAGGACCGCCUGCCAGGAUGCCCGGGGCACUUUUAUCAGCGCAGUCCCUCUACAUCGGGAUGGAGGUGCUGAUCGCCGUGGCGUCUGUGAUCGGGAACGUGAUGGUGGUCUGGGCCGUGAAGAUUAACAAGUCGCUGCGAGACACCACGUUUUGCUUCAUCGUCUCCCUGGCGCUGGCGGAUAUUGCGGUGGGAGCUCUAGUCAUCCCCCUGGCCAUCACCAUCAGCAUCGGACUCAAAACUCACUUCUACAGCUGCCUGCUGGUGGCGUGCACGGUGCUCGUGCUCACGCAGAGUUCCAUCCUGGCACUGCUGGCGAUCGCUAUUGACCGCUACCUCAGGGUCAAGAUCCCCACCAGGUACAAGCGUGUGGUGACCCCUCGGCGAGCGGGGCUGGCGGUGGUGGUGUGCUGGACGGUGGCGUUCGUGGUGGGGCUCACGCCCAUGCUGGGCUGGAACAACCUGAAGCGCCUGCAGCAGAACGGCUCCAUCGGCGCCGACCUGGUCGUCACCUGCCAGUUCGAGAACGUCAUCAGCAUGGAUUACAUGGUCUACUUCAACUUCUUCGGCUGGGUGCUGCCGCCGCUGCUGCUCAUGCUGCUCAUCUACGCGGAGAUUUUCUACAUGAUCCACAAGCAGCUCAACAGCAAGAAGUUCAGCACCAGCCACACAGACCCCAACAAGUACUACGACAAGGAGCUCAACCUGGCCAAAUCUCUGGCUCUGGUGCUUUUCCUCUUCGCCAUCAGCUGGCUGCCCCUCCACAUCAUUAACUGCAUCACGCUCUUUUGCCCCGAGUGUGAAAAACCCAUAGUGCUCCUCUACAUUGCCAUCUUGCUCACCCACGGCAACUCCGCCGUCAACCCCAUCGUCUACGCCUUCCGCAUUAAGAAGUUCCGCUCGGCCUUCCAGAAAAUCUGGCAGCAGUACUUCUGCUGCAAGGACACGCCGGCUCUGGAGAUUCAGCCCAGCGACAGGAAGGAGAUGCCCGACCUGGACCUGCGGCAGCUCGCUCCGUCGCAGACCGCGCAGAAGGAAACUCCGAACUGUGAAACGCCGCAGCAGCGGCAGGAGCAGAACAGCCAGCCGCCGCAGCAACCCAAAGAACAUCCGCCCUUACUGGAACAAAACACAAUCUAAGGAGAGGAAGAGAGCUGAUGGCUGGAGAAGUAAACGCUCCGUGCACAAUAUUGGCUCGCUCCUUAUCCGAGCGCCGUCUAAUGAGGAGUGCGGAUUGCUACACGGGGCCGCAACGCUUCGCUGAUUGAAGCGUUCUGGGAUCGCUGGAAGAUAAUUUAUCUUUUCUCAGGAGGAGUGUAUUUAUUGAGUGUUUGGUUCAAACUAAAAAAAGGCAAAAAGGGUACUAAAAACUCGCAAUAAUGGCUGUCCUGUUGA